GUGAACACUUGUUUUUAAUUGAAAAGGGUUUUGAGAGAGAGAGAGAGAGAAAAUGGCGGAAGAGAAGGGGAUGAGUCCGUGGGAGCAGCACUCAGCUGUUAUCAAGCUGCCUAGGUUUGAUUACAACGCUCCCUCUUCUCUUCUCCGUAACUCCCAUUCCGGUUUUCUCAUCACUUGUACUAUCAAGCGAGAGAAAAGCGCUACAAAAGAAGCAAUCUCUAUCCUUCACAAGUUCCUUGGGUCGGGUCAUUAUCACACUUUAAACAACCCUAAUGAAGAAGAUACUACUUCUAAGAGAAGGAAGAUAUGCACACAAGAUGCUGCCGAGGAAUGUUUCGACGAGUCUCCCACUGCUAACUCUGGAGCUGAUGGUAAACUUUCAAGUCCUGUUAAAGCAGAGGCAGAGAAAGACGGAAUAGCUAAUCUUUCUUUGGUUAAGCUCACGAGGAAUGGGUUGCUUCUCCUUACCUUUCCCAUUAACACGCACCCUGACACUGUUACUAUUGUGUCGAAUAUCAUUCAAGCUUUGGAGUCCGGGACUGUAAGUUUGCCGGUUUGGUGCCAUCGCAUUUUCCCUAUCCAAGCUACAUGCAAUUUGAACGAAAAAGAACUACAAGAAGUAGUAUCAAUGCUUGUUAAAAAGUUCUUGGCUGAUAAACAGGACAAACUUGAACGACCUCUAAAGUUUGCUGUUGGGUUCAACCGAAGAGGAAUUGAAGAGACCACGUUAGCAAAGGAAAAUUCAAAUGAUUCUAAAGCAUUUAGUUUGCUGGACCGUAAUAAAUGCUUUGGAGUAGUGGCAUCUGCAGUCAAUCAUGUUGUGGAAGAUUCAGUGGUGGAUCUCAGGUCUCCAGAGCUCUCUGUGCUUGUUGAGUUGCUACCCCUUUCUGGAGUACCCAAUGCGUCCAUAAUAGUUGCUGUCUCUGUCCUCCCAAGGAACCUUGUUAGUACAAAGCCUCGAUUAUGCAUCAAAGCCUUGAAUUCUAAUACCAAGGAAGGGUCUGUAGCAACAUGAAGACUGGUGCUAAUGUCUUACUUUAGCUUGCGUGGACAAUGUUGCUUUGUAUGAUCCUGCAAAUGAAAAUUGAAAGAUGCAGCUAGAAAUAAGAAAUCACCCACCUUUCUGACCCUUUCUUUCUAACAAGUAAAAGCUGUUGCCACCCACUUGCUCCACUCGACCCAUUUAUAUGUUAUUGGGGCUAUCUUAAUAUUAAAUGUCAUAUGCGAAAUCAAGUUGAGUACGUGUCGUACAUGUGAUGUUGAACUUUUUGAGUUUUAUGUCUUCGUAUAUUCACUGGUUUCUGAAGCUUUAUAUUAGAGGCCCUUGUAUUUUUUAUUUUUUUGGAUAGUACUGCAUUAAUUUUGAGAUAUAUUUGAUGAAAAACGAAAUAAUGUGGAUUAAUUCGAAUUUUAUAGUUUAUACCA